AUGGAGCUAACACCGGAAGAGAUAAGGGCACGAAGGUUAAGAAAGUUAGGUGCGAAAAAUACGAAGAAUGCCGCCAACAAUAAUGGUCCAUCCUCCACGGAAACGGAUACCAGCUCGAUAUCCGACGCCACUACUAGUAGCACUGGCUCUGUCACAGCACCAGCAGCAGCAUCAACCGCAGAAGUAGCGAUAGUAGAAAAAGUAGCCGACUCCCAACAAAUGCCAACCAGCAUCGCACCGAUUGUUUCGGAUAAAUCGGAAACGAUGGAAAGCAGUAGCAGCGAUAAUGUCGGAAGCAGCAGUAGUCUCAAUAGCAGCACCGACCCCAAAACUGAUAUGAUUCUACCGAAUACAAUCGAAGCCUCGCUAAUGCUGGGCCUGGAGGUAGCGGAACAAUCUCAACAGCAACAGAAACUGCGUUCCCUGCAGGUGGCAGUUCCAGCAUCAACGACGAACGCAACAACACGCAAGAAGCCAAUACCGGCCGUGGUUCCAACGGCGACCAGCGCAACAGCCAACGCAUGGUCGUUCAAAAAGCGAUCCUCGUCAGACCAUAGCUCUACAAAACCAGGAGGAGAUCAUCAUAUUGGUCUCGACGGUACUCUCGAGCCGAAAGCACAAAGCGAACAGGACAGCCGUGUGUCGGCGCAGGAUGAGCUGUUACAGAUCAUGUUGCGCAUCAUGAAGAUAAACAGUAAAGCACGUUACUCCAAUUCACGAUUUACGAUCGAAUCGGUCAUACUGGAGAAUGCGCUCGAAAUGUUAGAACGGCAGCGAUAUGGUGAGUUUUGUGCGGAUGUGAUCACCGAAGUGAUUAAAGGCAUCUACUACGGCAAGUUGAUCGAGUCGCACGGAGAGGAUAGCGAUGGUGGCCGCCUGUCGGACAGCUGGAGUACGAUCCCGAGCAAAAAGGUGAAACCGAUUAUGCUGGACGAGGUUGUGAUUAGUCGGGGACGCGGUGGUGGCAGUGGCAUCGCCGCUGGCAGUACCACCGCCACUCCGAUGGACAUCGACAUCGAGAUGCAGCCGGAAGAGGAUGCACCCGCGUACUGUUCGUCGAAGCCGUCGAUGAAAGCAUUCGCUAACAAUCGUGUAGCGGCAUUGGAAUAUCUUAUCGGUUGUUACUUGCGCUCGAACGAGGAACUCUACAGCUAUACGAAGGUGAAGAAAAGCAAAAAAAUGUAUCUCGCCGAAACACUGCCGAAUGUGGUGGCGGUGAUACGGCAACAUACGCUUAAGUACGCAAUAUUGGUACUGAAAAAUACCUUCCAAAGCUUCUGCCAACCGCCGGGAAGCAGUAGUAGUAGUAGUGGUGGCGAAAGUGCCACCAGCAGUGCGGUUAUUAGCGGUAAUAAAUCACCAGCUACGGGUAGCACCGCAUUGGAGAAAUCACCUCUGCUGACGCUAAUGUACGAGAACAAAGUGUCGUCCGACUUCAUGUCCAACCUCAUGGCGGAAAGUCGCAAAUCGGACGGUGAGGAAGAUUUUCGCGUCAUCUUUAACGCGGUGCUGGACGAUCUGUUUAUCGAUAUGCAGAAUGCGAUCUGUAAUGAAAACAUCGUGGCCGAUCCGUUAAAUCGAUUGAAGGAGCUGAUUGAAACGCGCGUUGACAAUGCGCAUCCGAUCUGUCUGCUGAUCGUGGAGCACAAGAUCUUCCUGACCGCGUUCACGCCGGACAAAUAUUUCGCGCGGGAAAUAUCGAAGGUAUCGUAUCUCGCACCGUUCCUGUCACUGUCCGUGAUGCUGGACGAGAACCCCAAGUUCGCCAGCCAUCACUUUUCGGAUAACGUGUGCGAUCGUACGCUCGCGAACUCGUUCCACUCGAUACUGAGCAACACGCGCAAGGUGUUGCACUCGAUCUUCCUGGUGCUGCUCUCGAACCAGUACAGCCGGUUCGAAAUGCUAAACUAUAUCGCCGCCAUACUGAAGUCAAAUGCGAAACGCAUCCAGUACAAUGCGGACGAUCGGUUUCUCGCCAAAGAUGGGUUCAUGCUAAAUUUCAUGUCCGUGCUGCAACUACUGUCGGUGAAGAUUAAUCUGUCGCGCAUCGAUCCACUCUACCCGCACCAUCCGGAAAGUUUGGUCGAGAUUGAGGAUGAAACGAAGCUGAAAUUCUCGUCACAGGAGUAUACCGACUGGCUGGUGACGCUGAAGGAUGUGAAGGAUUGGGAGCAGCACAAGUUCGUUACGCACUGCUGGUUUCUGACGCUGCAUGCGCACCAUCUCGGCAUCAUCCCGGCGAUCCAGCGCUACAACAAGCUGCUGCGUGCGACGAAAGAGUUGCAGCGCAUGGUGGACGAACUGAACGCGACCAAAUCGCAGUGGGAAAACACACCGCUGGCACGGCGCAACAAGCAGGUGCGCGAUCGUUGCGUUAGCCAGAUGAACAAACUGUCGAAGGCGAAGCUAAGCUGCGACAUUGCCAUCAUCGAUCCCAACGUGCUGAGCGCCUGCAUGCAAUUCUACUCGACCGUGUGCGAAUAUAUGCUGUAUCAGAUCGAGAACCGCCCGAUCGAUGGACCGUUCACCAACCAGAAGCAUCCAUCGACGCUGGUGGCGAGCGAUAACUUUUCCGCCCUGCCCGAAUGGUACAUCGAGGAUAUUGCUGACUUUAUACUCUUCUGCAUGCAACACAGCAUCAGCGUGAUCGAUUAUGUCGACAAUUCAAUCAUCACCUGGAUUCUGACGCUGGUAUGUGCACCGCAGCUGAUCAAGAAUCCCUACAUCACUGCCAAACUGAUAGAGGUCCUGUUCGUAACUUCUCCAACCAUACAGACCACCUCGCAAAGGCUGUAUCUGCAGAUUAUCAAUCAUGAACUUGCUCAGACAGCGUUAGUAAGUGCACUUAUGAAGUUUUAUACGGAUAUCGAAACGACGGGACAAAGUACUGAAUUUUAUGACAAAUUUACGAUAAGAUAUCACAUAAGUCAUCUAUUUAAGGGUCUCUGGGAAAGCGCAAUGCAUCGUCAGGCGUUUGUAAACGAAUCAAAAAGUGGCAAACAGUUCGUGAAGUUUGUAAACUUCUUCCUCAACGACACGACGUAUCUGUUGGACGAGUGUUUGGAGUAUCUGAAACGCAUCCACGAAACACAGGUACUGAUGAUGGACGAUGCCGGUUGGAAUGCGCUGACGCAGGAAGCGCAACAGAGCCGCCAGCGGCAGCUAGUGCAGGACGAACGCCAGUGCCGGUCGUAUCUCACCCUGGCACGGGAAACGGUCGACAUGUUCCAUUACAUGACGAUCGACAUUAAGGAACCGUUCCUGCGCCCGGAGCUGAUCGACCGGCUGAGCUCGAUGCUGAACUACAACCUGCACCAGCUGUGCGGUCCGAAAUGUAACGAUCUGCGCGUACGCCAUCCGCACAAGUAUGGGUGGGAACCGAGGCGCCUGCUGGGACAGCUGGUCGACAUCUAUCUGCAUCUGAGUUGUGAUGAGUUUGCGGCCGCGCUGGCUGCCGAUGAGCGUUCGUUCGAGAAGCAAUUCUUCGAGGAUGCGGCAAACCGCGUAGAACGGAUCGGUAUCCGUUCGCACAGAGACGUGGACGAGUUCCGGAAGCUGAUCCAUAAGGCAGCGGAGAUCUAUGUGAAAAAUCAGGAGAAUGCCGAUGAGUUCGCAGAAGCGCCAGACGAUUUUAAGGACCCGCUGAUGGAUACGCUGAUGACGGAUCCGGUCAUCCUGCCGUCCGGUACAAUUAUGGACCGGGCGAUCAUUACGCGGCACCUGCUAAACAGCAGCACCGAUCCGUUCAACCGCCAACCGCUUACGGAAGAUAUGCUGAAGCCCGCAACGGAACUGAAGGAGCGCAUCCAAAAGUGGAUCAGAGAGUAUCGAGCUCAGAAGCAUUCUAGUUAA